AUUUUUUUCUCUUGAGGAAAUUUAUUUGCUUUUUCUCUCUCUCUUUCUCUCUCUACAACACCCACAUUCUCUCUCUAAAAAAAAACUGGAAAAUUCAUCAAAAACCACACCGGUAAAUCCGAUUCACCUGCUUCAUCUUCUUCAUCAUUCCGAUUUUAAUCGAUUUUUAUCCUUAACUUGGCCUCCAAUUAGCAAUAAUCGCUUUAACAAAUUCAAAAAAAAUAAUAAUUUCAAUUAACAAACGUCGUCGUAUUAUACACCUUCAGCUUUUUUUUUGAGCCGCCGGAGGUGGGUUGUUGUUCUCCGGUGAAGUAAGUUUCCGAGGUUUUUGGAGGGAAGAGAACUGACAUUAAUACAUUUGAAAGCAAUUACCUUUUUGGGAAAAUAAGAGCAACUGAAAUUUUAAUGUGAAGACACAGUAUGGCUUUUUAUAGGAAUUAUUCGAAUGAAACGGUAACGUUGGAUGACAAAAGCCAAGGGGAACAAAGUAUGCAGGGAAUACAUCAGGAUGUAGGAAAUGAAGAAGUGGAAGGUAGUUUGAGUGAAAAUGAUGAUAAUGGUCAGUUACAAGAUGAAGUUGGUGUAGAAGUGGAAACAGCUGUGGAGGAUCAGGUGCCGCCUGGAAGAGGAGUUAAUAUGGCUGGGAAAUGGGGUUCUGGGUUUUGGAAGGAUUGUCAACCUAUGGACCCCUCAGGUAGGUCUGGUUCCGGUGAGGAGUCGAAGAGUGGAUCAGAGUAUAAGAAUGAGGAAGAAUCUGAUGAGGUAUCUGAUGGUAGGGAAGAUCAGUUGGAGUCGGAAGAUGAAGGAAGGCAGAAAGAAAUGGAAAAGAGUCGCAGUGUUCCCGUCGACGAGAUGUUGUCUGAUGAAUAUUAUGAACAAGACGGUGAUGAUCAGAGUGACUCGUUACAUUACAAAGCUGCUAACCCUUCAAGUGGGUAUAGUUCAAAGCCGCAGUCGAGGCCGGCUGCUGCCAGCAAGUAUGCAAGUCGGAAGGCAAAAGCUUCAAAAGAUCAGGAUGAUAACGAGUAUGCUGAUUACGACGACGACGGCAGUGAAGAUGAAGACGAUCCUGAUGAUCCUGACUACGGUAGCACAGGUCGUGGAAGGGGCAUUAAGGACAAGGAUGAUGACUGGGAGGGUGGAGAGUCUGAUGAGGUCAACAGUGAUGAUGAUGAGGUGGGCAUCUCUGAUGAAGAUGAAGAAUAUUACAGAAAACCUCAAGGCAAGCAAAAGAAUAGGGGUGGGCAUAGUGUAAAAUCUACCAGAGUAGUUAGGUCUCUUGCUACAUCUGCUCGACGGAAAAGGGGUAGAACAUCAUAUGAGGAGGAAGAAUCAUCAGAACAUGAUUCUGAAAACGAGAGCGAUGAGGACUUUGGAAAUAAACCUAGAAGAGUUGCAAAUCUCCGCCUGAAAAAUAGUGUUAGAUCUUCUGCUUCUAGUGUAUCUGGCAGGAAUAGUGAAAUCCGAACUUCAAGUCGUCGAUCGGUUCGGAAAGUUUCAUAUGCAGAGAGUGAAGAAAGUGAAGAAAUUGACGAUAGCAAGCAAAAGAAGGGCCAAAAGGAAGAACUUGAAGAGGAAGAUUGUGACUCAAUUGAGAAAGUUUUGUGGCAUCAGCCAAAGGGCAUGGCUGAAGAAGCUACAAGGAAUAACAAAUCAGCUGAUCCUAUGUUGUUGAGUCAUUUGUAUGACUCUGAACCAGAUUGGAAUGAGAUGGAGUUCUUAAUAAAAUGGAAAGGCCAGUCUCAUUUGCAUUGUCAAUGGAAGUCAUUUGUUGAGCUACAGAAUCUUAGUGGGUUUAAGAAGGUCUUGAAUUACACCAAAAGGGUCAUGGAGGAUGUAAAGUAUAGGAAGACUGUAUCCCGCGAGGAGAUCGAGGUAAAUGAUGUGAGCAAGGAAAUGGACUUGGAUAUCAUCAAACUGAACAGUCAGGUUGAGAGAGUUAUUGCAGACAGAAUCAGCAAAGAUGGUUAUGGUAACGUGGUGCCAGAGUAUUUAGUUAAGUGGAAAGGGCUAUCUUAUGCUGAAGCAACUUGGGAGAAGGAUGUUGAUAUUGCUUUUGGUCAAGAUGCUAUCGAUGAGUACAAGGCUCGUGAGGCUGCCAUUAUGGUACAAGGGAAAUCAGUGGAUUUCCAGCGCAAAAAGAGCAGAGGUAGUUUGAGGAAGCUUGAAGAGCAGCCUGAAUGGUUAAAGGGUGGGAAACUUCGAGAUUAUCAGCUUGAAGGCUUAAAUUUUCUGGUUAACAGUUGGAGGAAUGAUACUAAUGUUAUAUUAGCUGAUGAAAUGGGCCUCGGCAAAACUGUUCAGUCAGUUUCAAUGCUCGGUUUUCUACAGAAUGCUCAGCAAAUUCAUGGACCAUUUCUGGUUGUUGUCCCAUUAUCAACUCUCUCCAAUUGGGCAAAAGAAUUUAGGAAAUGGUUGCCUGAUAUGAAUGUUAUUGUCUAUGUCGGAGCACGUGCUAGUCGUGAGGUCUGUCAACAAUAUGAAUUCUACAAUGAUAAUAAAGUUGGCAGGACUAUCAAAUUUGAUGCGCUGCUUACCACUUAUGAGGUACUUUUGAAGGACAAGGCAGUGCUUUCAAAGAUAAGGUGGAACUACCUUAUGGUUGAUGAAGCGCACAGGUUAAAGAACAGUGAGGCUUCUCUUUAUACAACACUUUUGGAGUUCAACACGAAAAACAAGUUGCUUAUUACUGGUACUCCAUUGCAGAACAGCGUUGAAGAACUAUGGGCCUUACUCCACUUCCUUGAUCCUGAUAAGUUCAAGAGCAAGGACGAUUUUGUUCAGAAUUAUAAGAAUCUUAGUUCGUUUAAUGAAAUAGAGCUUGCGAAUCUUCACAAGGAAUUGAGGCCUCACAUUCUCAGGAGGGUCAUAAAAGAUGUGGAGAAGUCACUUCCUCCAAAGAUUGAACGAAUUCUUAGGGUUGAGAUGUCACCGCUACAGAAACAGUAUUACAAAUGGAUCUUGGAAAGGAAUUUUCAAGACUUGAAUAAAGGUGUUCGUGGGAAUCAGGUUUCACUUUUAAAUAUUGUGGUGGAGUUGAAGAAAUGUUGCAAUCACCCCUUUUUAUUUGAAAGUGCGGACCAUGGUUAUGGUGGGGAUGCAAAUUAUUUUGGCAGCACAAAAGUGGAAAGAAUUAUACUUAGCAGUGGUAAGCUUGUUAUACUUGACAAGCUGCUGGACAGAUUGCAUGAGACGAAGCAUCGAGUGUUGAUAUUUUCUCAGAUGGUUAGGAUGCUGGAUAUACUGGCAGAAUAUUUGUCUAUCAAAGGAUUCCAAUAUCAGCGGCUUGAUGGUAGUACUAAGUCUGAGUUACGCCAGCAGGCUAUGGACCACUUUAAUGCACCUGGUAGUGAAGACUUCUGUUUUCUUCUGUCGACGCGAGCUGGUGGAUUGGGUAUAAAUCUUGCAACAGCAGACACUGUUAUUAUUUUUGAUUCUGAUUGGAAUCCCCAAAAUGACUUGCAGGCAAUGAGUAGAGCUCAUAGGAUAGGACAGCAAGAAGUUGUCAACAUCUACAGAUUUGUUACAAGUAAAAGUGUGGAGGAAGAUAUCUUGGAACGUGCUAAGAAGAAGAUGGUUCUUGACCAUCUGGUGAUUCAGAAACUGAAUGCAGAGGGUAAAUUAGAGAAGAAAGAAACCAAGAAAGGAAGUCUCUUUGAUAAGAAUGAGCUCUCUGCAAUCUUGAGGUUUGGGGCUGAGGAAUUAUUUAAGGAAGAAAAAAAUGAUGAAGAGAGCAAGAAGAGGCUUCUCAGUAUGGAUAUUGAUGAAAUUCUUGAGCGGGCUGAAAAGGUUGAAGAGAAAGGAGCUGAGGCAGAGGAAGGAAAGGAGUUGCUGAGUGCUUUUAAGGUUGCCAAUUUCUGUGGUGCUGAAGAUGAUGCAACUUUUUGGAGUCGAUGGAUAAAGCCAGAAGCUAUUGCACAAGCUGAAGACUCUUUGGCUCCUCGAGCUGCUCGAAAUAAAAAGAGUUACGCAGAAGCUAGCCCUCUGGUGGAAACUAAUAAAAGAAAGAAGGGUGUUGAUGCUCAGGAAAGGUUCCCUAAGCGUCGCAAGGGAGAUUUUAGCUGCACACUUCCGGCAAUUGAUGGUGCUUCCGCUCAAGUGAGAGGAUGGUCUUAUGGGAACUUGUCAAAAAGAGACGCCACACGUUUUUCUCGUGAGGUCAAGAAGUUUGGGAAUGAUAGUCAAAUUGACUUAAUAUCAUCAGAGGUUGGUGGGGCAGUUGAAGCGGCGCCAACUGAAGCUCAAGUUGAGCUUUUUGACUCAUUAAUAGAUGGCUGUAGAGAAGCAGUUAAAGGUGAAGUUGUUGACCCAAAGGGACCUCUCUUAGAUUUUUUUGGUGUUCCUGUGAAGGCCGAUGAUCUAUUGGGCCGUGUUGAGGAACUUCAACUCCUAGCAAAGCGCAUUUCUCGGUAUGAGGAUCCCGUCUCACAGUUCCGUGCUUUGGCUUAUCUAAAGCCUGCUACUUGGUCUAAAGGUUGUGGCUGGAACCAGAAGGAUGACGCCAGACUGCUACUCGGAAUUCAUUAUCAUGGAUUUGGCAACUGGGAAAAGAUACGGUUAGAUGAAAAACUUGGCCUCAUGAAGAAGAUUGCUCCAGUGGAACUACAACAUCAUGAGACUUUCUUGCCACGAGCUCCGCAGUUGAAGGAGAGAGCUUCUCAACUUCUGCAAAUGGAAGUUGCAGCUGUUGGUGGGAAGAACACUAGUUUAAAAGUGGGCCGUAAGUCUUCCAACAAGCAGAAGGAAAGCCUUCCCAGCACCACAGCACCUCUUGGAAAGGGUAAACAAAGUAAAUUAAGCUCAUCCGGAAAUGCUAAAAUGGGUAGAGGCAGAGCUGCAAAAGGUCAAAAAAAGGUUGAACCGUUGGUUAAAGAGGAAGGUGAAAUGUCAGACAAUGAGGAAGUUUAUGAGCAGUUUAAAGAGGUGAAAUGGAUGGAAUGGUGUGAAGAUGUGAUGGUAUAUGAGGAAAAGACGCUUAAGCGUCUUCAAAGAUUGCAGACUACUAGUGCUGAUCUCCCAAAGGACAAGGUGUUGGCCAAAAUACGGAACUACUUGCAGCUUCUUGGUCGCAGGAUUGAUCAAAUAGUUUUCGAAUAUGAAAAGGAAUCCCAUAAGCAAGAAAGGAUGACAGUCCGUUUAUGGAAUUAUGUCUCAACAUUUUCAAAUUUGUCUGGCGAGAAGCUUCGUCAGAUUUAUUCUAAACUUAAACAGGAGCAACAUGUAGAAGGAAGGGUAGGACCAUCGCAAUUUAAUGGUUCUGCACCUGCGCAUCCAACGCCAGGGUUUAUACCCCGAGGUUUUGAUGCGGCCAAAUUUGAAGCAUGGAAACGAAGGAAAAGAGCUGAAGCUGAUGUUCAUUCGCAAGUUCAGCCCCAACAUCAAAGAACUUUGACCAAUGGUACGCGCCUUCCUGAACCGAACUUAUCAUCAGGGAUUCUUGGCGCAGCUCCUUUAGAUAGCAAACAGUCGGUUAAUGGUAGGCCUUACAGAACACAUCAGUCUGGCAUGCCCCAGAGACCAGGUUUCUCAUCCGGUCCCAGAUAGCUCUUCUACUGGACAUAAACUGCCAUGGUACCCCUGCAGGGAAGCCAUUCAAUUUUGUCUCAGUGGCUUUUGCUGCUUCGGUCUAUAUUCUUUACCUGGAAUUGCGUUGGUCCAUGGGAAUACAAAUUUUUGCCAAUUCCUUGGCCACCAUCUGCUAUUCUGAAGCAACUGUAAACCAGAGGACUGCAUCAUUUAGAAGCCAGAACCAGUGAACUCAGAGGCCCUUUCCUAGAUCCAGGAGAUGAAGAUUUGGAUAUAUUGAAAAAUUCUAGGGCACAAAUAUCUUCCCGUUAUAGAUAAAAUCCCGGUCUUUUUUGUUUUGACGUAUAUAGUGGAUAGUGAAAGAGCAUUUCCCUAGGUCAUAUGUGACAGUAUGUCACAGUCUGUAUGUAUUAUGCUUUUUGCGAAGUGUACAUUAUCAAAUUUUGCUUAUUCAAUAACUCAACAUUAUUCUUUA